AAAUUGGAAACACAAAGCAAGCAAAAUAUCAAAAAAGUAUCUCGUUUCUCUGCUUGCCAUGGCUACAAACGAUAACGAGGUAGUCACUGAUCUCUAUCCUACUUUCCGACUCUACAAAAACGGCCGCGUUGAACGUUUCUACGAAUAUUUUAACGUGUUCUACGUUCCCCCGUCACAAGAAGAUCCGGUCACGGGUGUCUCCUCUAAAGACAUCACCAUUUCAUCUCAUGUUUCCGCUAGACUUUACCUUCCAAAAAAUACUUCUAAUGAGAAACUUCCUGUAUUAGUAUUUUAUCAUGGUGGUGGACUUGUUCUUGGAUCGGCUUUCUUCAAUAAGGUGCACCGUUUUCUCAACCACUUGGUUUCUGAAUCAAAUGCAAUUGGUGUGUCUGUAGAGUACAGGCUAGCCCCGGAGAAUGAUUUGGCGAUAUUGUACGAAGAUUGCUGGACUGCGCUUCAGUGGGUUGCUUCUCAUAGUGAGAAUAACAACUCCACUAAUCCUAACAAAGACUCAUGGUUAACUAGCUAUGGUGAUUUUAACAAGGUGUUCAUUGCUGGGGAAAGUGCUGGAGGUAAUAUAGUUUAUCACAUGGCUAUGAGAGCUGGUACAGAAAGCUUAAAUGGAAAUGUUAAAAUCUUGGGUUCCAUUCUUGCUUGUCCCUUCUUUUUGAUGCCAGAGGAGAACAUCGAUUAUCAGGGUAAUUUAGCUUAUAAUAUGUGGGUCACCAUAUGUCCAGAAUUGGAAUCUGGAUUAUCACCAAUUGAUAGCCCAAUGAUUAAUCCACUUGCUGAAAAGGCUCCAAGACUAUUGGACCUGGGCUGCUCGAGGUUGUUUAUGGGUAUAGCUCAGAAUGAUGUAUUGGUUCCAAGAGAAAUUAUGGUUCGAUUUGUUGAAGGUGUGAAGAGAAGUGGGUGGAAUGGUGAGUUGGAGUUCUUUGAAGUUGAAGGAGAAGAACAUUGCUUCUUUAUAGAGGAUCCCGAAGCUGAGAAAGCUAAAGAUUUAAUAAAACACUUUGCUUCUUUCAUCCAACAUAAGCGAUCAUGAGUUUUAAGUUUUAACUAUUGUAGAUUGUGUUACGUGUACUCUAAUAAGGCUUUGGUCUAGUGGUAAAAACGCAUCGAUGUGUAGAUUAGGUGCAUCUUUACAAGUUUAAACUUUGUCUUUGACUAAAACGUUGUAUUUAAGUGGAGAAAAGUAAAUGAACAACUCAUUAUGCACUGAA